UCGAUGAAUGGGAGGUCACAUGAAAUGAAAUGCAGCGUCUGAAACUGAAACCCAUGCUUUCUCCAACAUUACAACGCUCCUUGUGUUCCCAUGUCCCUUUCUUAUUCUGCCUCAAAAUCAACUCCUUUUCUUCUUCUUCUUCCUUGCAAUGUUCACCUUGGACUGGUCUGCAAACCUGGAGAGAGUCCCCACUCAAUGAGAAUCGUUGCUGGGGACCCAAAGGCCCAAAACCUCAGCCACUACAGUCACAGCCGUCUUCUCUUAACAGCGAUGACAGUCCAAUGGUGUCAUCAGCUUCCUCUCUUGCAGAGCUUGGUGCUCUGGUUCUCUCCACCAGUGACCCUCUCGCCAAAUCCAAGCUUUCCCAUCUUGCUUUUUCCAGGUGGCGCCUAGAGAACCUUCCAAUUGGCUCGUGUGAACCCCCUCCUCGACCCGCUCGCCCUCUCAAACCUCAACUGGUUUCCCCGAAAGAAAUUCCAGCUCCCAAGAACUCGGGUUUGCCUCUUAAUGCUUAUAUGCUUCAUAAUCUUGCUCAUGUUGAGCUCAAUGCGAUUGACUUGGCUUGGGAUACUGUUGUUCGUUUUUCACCUUUUAGUGAGACUCUAGGGGAGGGAUUUUUUGCUGACUUUGCUCAUGUCGCUGACGAUGAGAGUCGCCAUUUUGCUUGGUGUUCUCAGAGACUUGCUGAACUUGGUUUCAAUUAUGGAGACAUGCCUGCUCAUAAUCUGCUUUGGAGGGAGUGUGAGAAAUCAUCUGAAAAUGUUGCUGCACGUUUGGCAGUGAUCCCUCUAGUCCAGGAAGCUCGAGGACUAGAUGCUGGACCACGACUUGUGCAAAAAUUGGUUGGCUUUGGAGAUCUCAGGACAUCAGACAUUGUAGCUAGAAUUGCUGAUGAAGAAGUUGCACAUGUGGCUGUUGGAGUCCAUUGGUUUGUUGAUGUCUGUCAGAAAAUGGAUUGUACCCCAUCUUCCGCAUUUAAAGACUUGUUAAAAGAGUAUAAUGUGGAGUUGAGAGGGCCCUUCAAUUAUUCUGCUCGUGAUGAGGCUGGCAUUCCUCGUGAUUGGUAUGACUUACCUACAAAUGACCAGGAUAAGAAUAAGAAAAAGGAUAAAACUGGGAAGCUUACGGAGGUUUAUGGUAGGCUUGCUUCCAUAAUUUCCAUGGAGAGUGAGAACUCAAGUUUGAACAGGCCUUAGUUGUUUUGCUUCAGCAAAUGUUUUCGUCUCCGAGCAAUUGGUAUGAAGCAUAUCCUCGUAUAUGGUUGCACACUUUCUUUCUUUCAUGUGCGUUCGCAAGAAGCAUUACAACCCAGUUACCUAUCUUGCUGAUUUUUCUUCAGGGCAUCACCUAAUUUGGCAUGUUUAGAGAAGAGAGAAAGCGACAUCAUACUAGAUCUAGAAAAGUGCACAUAUUUUUGAGUUAUUAUCUUUACCCUCAUCUUCAAUUUCUUUCUUUUUCUGCUCAACAGAAAAAUUCAAGUACAAAAGCUGUUGUCAAAUUCUUGUCUACUUCUGGGUCACAGUUGUAGUUUUUUUUCUUCUUUCUUGUUUUUGUUAAGAUGCUUCACUAUUAUAGUUUUUUCUUGUAAAUUUUGUACAUGCAUUUGUUAUAUGUACGAUUAUAGAAGUUCUCUCU